AUGUUUCGAACGUCGGGGAGGAUAAAAGAGUUGGCAAAAGUGAGCAAAAGAUGGGCAAGUUCAAGUAAACUUAUUGUAAGUUUUUAAAAAUCCCGGAAUAUCGGAUAGAAAACAUUUAUCAGGUGACUCCUCAAUGCCACCAACAAAAACGUCAAAUUCUUUUCAAAAUGGGAAAUGAUACACCGAGUCGAAUUGUUGGAUAUUAUGUGGUUUUUCCGGUGAUUCCUGAUGAAAGUGUGGAGAACAAUAAUUUCAUGUAUAAUAUUUCGAAAAAUGAAGAUUGGCCGAAACUUUCGAGUUCAACGCCUAAAGAAAUGUACGAAGGAACUGUGAGAAUGUUGAUGGAUUAUGGAGCGACUGUGAUGGAACACAUGGAACAUCUAGCAACGUGUGAGGCUUUUAAUUUCAGUUCAGUUUCUGAAUAAUCAAAAAUAAUAUUGAUUUUUCCUACAGUGCCCGCGGAGGAAAGAACAUUUCAAAAUGUUGUUGAGCCAUUGCUAACUGAAGAGUACGAAAUCAACUAUGCUUUUCAAACUCUGAUGUUGAAAAUGCUCACAGAUUGGCCGGAUUUUGAUCGAAAAUUGUUUGACGCAGAUCUUCAUCACAUUAAAAUCAUGUGCGCGAGAGAUCAGAUGGAGAAAUUGACGAAUAUUAAUUUCCAAGAGGCUAUCAAGCAACUUUACGAAGCUAAAGAUGGGCUAACUGAUUGGCAAUCAAGAUUGCUAGAAUGGUAUUUGUUAGAAAUCAAGGCUAGUGGUUUGGAUAAACAUGAUGAAAAAACGAGGAAAUUGUUGGGAUCUUGGUCGAAAUUUAUUGAUGAAUAUAGAAGUAAAUAUAUGUGAGUUUUUCAGGGGAUUUUUCGAGGAUGGAAAUUUCAGCCGCCAAAAUGUUUCUCUCUAAAAAACCCAAUUUUUCCAGCACUGGCGUAAUGUCAACCAACGAUCAACAAACCUUUGUGAUCAACGAUAAAAAAGUGAUCAAAGAUGCUCCACCACAUGUUCUUCAAAAACUCGCCGUCGAUGAAUCAAAUUGGGAAACUGGGCCAUGGCGCGGAAGAAUGACUCCUCAUACAAUUUUCCCAUUUAUGCAAUAUUGCGGUGAUCGACAAUUGCGACAAACUGCUUGGGAAAAAUGGACAAGUAAAGCUGGAUUCGAUCAUGAUUUCUAUAAUAAUUCGAUUAAUAUUGAGGAGUUGCGACAUAAUAAGUAAGGUUUUGGGGAGGGGGCUGUUAAUCAUUCUGAAAAUGUCUUUAAUGUCAGUCUUUUUUCAGCGAAGGUUUGGCCAAAACAUUGGGAUAUUCAUCGGUCGCUGAACAUCGCUUGUCUAACAAAAUGGCUGCCUCACCGGAAACUGUUAGAGGAUUUAUCAAUGCGUGAGUUUGGGCCUAAAAACGAGCUUAUACUUGUGAAAUAAUCAAAAAGUACCUAAAAAUCAUCUGAAAACUCUUUCAGUUUAACUCGUCGAAUUCGACCAGUGGUUAUUGAUCGAAUGUUAUCCUGGAGCGCAUUUGCACAAAGAAGCGAAUUAUUGAUUGGUGAUUUGCAAGCUUAUGAUAUGUCAUAUAUUUGUAGAAAAGAAGCCGAACAACAUUAUGAGUGGGUUUUUAUUUUUGGGAAAAAACUGUUCUAAAUGAAGAAUUUCGACGAAUAAUCCUGCAACAAUUAAAACUUUAUAUUUCCAGUGUUGACCCAAUCGAUCUAAUGAAUCAUUUCCCAUUCUGGCCGACUUUCAAUAAUUUGGUUCAACUUGUUGGUCAUAUUUUCAAUUUGGAAUUCAAAGAUAUCACAGAAAAAGCCGGAUUAGAGAAAGCGAAUCAAGAAGCUCGAAUUUUUUCGGUCGAUGAUAAGUUUAGUGGACAACAUUAUGGAAGACUAUAUAUUGAUCCGUAUGAUAGACAAAAUAAACGAGGAGGAUGGAAUACAAUGUUGGCGAGACGUGGGUUGAUUUUGAAGAGAAAUUUCAUAUUUCAAUUUCAAUUCUUUUUUUUUUUCAUUUCCAAAAAAUUCCUAAUUUUUUAGCCGAAUCAAAAGAACGUGGUCUUGACAAAAUUGUAUAUCUGAUUGGUUCUGCAAUUGCUCCAACCACAGACGGACCAUCAGUUCUUCAUCAUCAACAACUUCAACAACUUUUGUUCCAUGUGAGUUUAAAGCCUUCCUUCCGUUUCCCCAAAAACCUAUAAUUCCAGUUUGGUCGAAGUGUUCAAUUAUUGUUGUCUCAAUCACCAUAUCGUGAUAUCGCAAUACCAUGGACUCCAUUUUAUGCGAGUGAUUGGGAUUCGGCAGAUAUGUUCCCAACUUUCCUUCAACAUUUUAUUUAUAAACCAAAUUUGUUGACUUCACUUAGCAGCCCGCAUAUUGUAAGUUGUUUUCCACGGUUUCUCCAAUGUUUUCGAAAAUGUAUUUGCCACGUCAUAAAUCUCAACUCGCAUUUUUUCAGAAAACCAGUCAAAAUUUGAGUGAAAGUCAGGCGAAUAGUGUAGCGUUGGCCCUUUCUCGUGCCUCACUUUGGGAUACUUAUCGAACUCUUUUCUGGUCAGAUUUCGAUUUGAGUAUUUAUGAAAUGGAGGAUCGCAAACAGAAAUUCUGGUUGGAUAUGUACAAAGAAAUGUAUGCCGAAUAUUUUCCAUUCAAACGCGCCAAAAAUGACUAUCAACCUUGCUCGUUUACACCAAUUUUUGCACUUCAACCACAUAUGGCAAUGUAUUAUCGAAAAUUGUGGAAUGAGGUGAGUUAGGGGAAGUUUUGGGAAAUUUUCAUACAUGGAAAACUUUUUGCCACGUGGAUUUUUAUAUGUGAAAAUGACAAUUUGUUUUGAAUUUAUCAGUUUCCACGUGUGAUUUUCAAUGCCGAAUUCGAGAGAGAAAAAAUCAGAUUUUGUUUUGAAUCGGCCUAUUUGAUUCCCCUAAAAAUCCCAAAUUUUCUUGCAGAUGUUAGCCCUUGACAUCCACGAAACAUUCGACGCCGAAGACGACGAAAUUCAAACCGGCGAACGCCUGAAAACAACACUUCUCCACAGUGGUUCAGGUGAUGUUGCCAAAGAACUUUUCCGCCGAUUCCAAGGUCGAAAUCCGUCAGUUGGAGCUAUUUGUGAUUUUUAUGCUCCACCAAUGUCGAUUAUAGAAGAAGAAUCUGAAAAAGCUGAUCAUUCAUAA